AUGGCUCUACCUUUGUAUAACCUAGAAGAUGAUUUGGAGGCCCAAGUAAACAUGAAGAAUCAGAUGAAAGACUUGAAUGACAUUAAGGAGACAAUGAAAGUAUUAGCUGAUUGUCUUCAACGGAUCGAAGCAAAGGUGGAUUUGUUGGCGACAAAGGCAGAUCGUCUUGGGUGGAUCAAAGCAAAGGUGGAUAAGUUGGAGAUAAAAACUGAUCGUCUUUCUUGGAUCGAAUCAAAGGUGGAUAUGUUGGCGACAAAGGCUGAUUUACAGGCGGUUUUGAUCUCACUUGAGGGCAAGCAAGUUCCUGCUAAGGCUGCUUCUAACAGCAAGGGCACAUACAUCAAAUCUUCUUUUGAUGGUGAUGAGGAACCUGCAAAGAAACUUGCAUCAAGUGCCAAACCAUCAGACGAAGAUCCUGAUGAGGAAGAUGACAAACCUGCCAAGAAAAAUGCUGAAACAUAUACCAAGAAUACUCCUAAAAAGACUGAUGGUGGCAGUAGCGGUCCUUGGCCUUAUAACAACCAAGAUGGUGGCAGUGGAGGUCCUUUGUCUUCUAACUUCCGUGAUGGUGGCAGCAGAGGUCCUUGGCCUCAUAACAACCGUGAUAGUGGCAGUGGAGGUCCUUUGUCUGCUAACUUCCGCGAUGGUGGCAAUGGAGGUCGUUUGCCUAACUUCCGUGGUGCUGGUAGUGGAGGUCCUUUGUCUUCUAACUUCCGUGAUUGUGGCAGUGGAGGUCCUUUGUUUUCUAACUUCGGUGGCAGUGGAGGUCCUUCGUCUUCUAACAACCGUGAUGGUGGAAAUGGAGGUCCUUGGUCUUAUAACAACCGUUGUGGCGGUCGCGGAUUUUGUGGCUACUGUUGA